CAUUGGCAUCUAGAAGAAGAAAGUACUCAACUGUGCUAUGUGAGUGUAGUGUCACACUUCUCAACUCCCGAACACAGAAAAUGGCACCCCAAAACGACGUCGUUUCACAGCAACCACCAUCUCCAACCCUCAACUGAAAUUCCAAUUCUCCUCACACAAUCUCAAACUCCGAGCUCCACCAUGUCCUCCGACGACAUCACCCUCGUCUCUGGCCAGAGAAUUGAAAACGGUCUCACCUCACCCCUCGUCUUCCAAGACGACUUCAACCCACAGCGCAACCCGGCUCCGAAAACCCGCGAACUCGGCGGCGGGUUCAUCGACGACAAGAUCUUCACCAUCGACCGCGACCGCGACCGCUUUUUCACCACCCCGGGCGCCGAAUUCCGCCGCAACGUUUACGCCGACCGCCCCGAUGUUCGGAAUUGGAGAGGGAACGGAACUCCCAGCAGCGAUGAAACCGACGGCGACGAAGACGAUGAUGAAGAUGACGACGACGACGACGAUGAUGCAGAAGUAGUAAGACUCAAGGGCAAUUCCAAUGUAAUCAAUGACGAUGGGGUUGCAAAUGGGAAAACUCAGCAUCAUUCCCCUUAUGUUUCUGGUAGAGAUUUGUUGGGGAAGGAUGGUGAAAUUGGGCAGAUGGGUGGUGGUGGUGCUGAUGGAGAUCACCGGCGGCGGGAAAGAUUAGGGAAGUCCCAGGGUUCUGUGAGCGUUGCUGAAACUGACUGUGAGGAGUACUAUUCUCAGUUUCUUCAUGGCACGGAAGGGUCAGCUUCUGUGCAGAAGGCUAUGGUGGAUGAUAAUGGUUGUGGGUUUAGUGGAAGAAAGGAUGUUAUGUUUUCAACUGAGUCAGGGGAGUCUUUGAGGGCCAUUCUUUCAGAUCCUGUUACAGGAGCUCUUAUGGAAGAUGCAAUGAUAUUACCAUGUGGACAUUCAUUUGGUGGAGGGGGGAUACAACAUGUUACUAGAAUGAAAGCUUGCUGUACUUGUUCUCAACCCGUAUCGGAGGAAUCAAUAUCUCCAAACCUAUCACUUCAAGCUGCUGUGCAGGCAUACCGUCGGGAAGAGGAGUCGCAAUUUUACCGGUCAUCCAAAAGAAGAAGGGAAAGACUUGAUCAGGGUGGUUUUGGAGAUUCACCUGUUAUGGAAUCAUCAAGGAGCAGAGGUGUUCAGUUUCCAUUUGCUGUGAUGGACCGGGUUGUCAUAAAGGGGAACAAAAGGACACCACCACGCUUUGUAGGGCGUGAAGCUAUUGUAACAACACAAUGCCUUAAUGGAUGGUAUGUGGUGAAGACAUUGGACAAUGCAGAGAGUGUAAAAUUACAGUAUCGCUCCCUUGCUAAGGUUUUGGAUGAUCCUUCAAAGCCUGCCUCCAGCAAGAUGGUACCUAAUUGGGUUUAGAUCUGCUGCACACCAUCAUCAGAAUCAGGUGUGGCUGCUAAUACUUCUUCACCAAGAUACCACUAAAAUUUCUCUAAUUCCACUUUUGUAUUUAGAAAACUGUGCUAUAUGAUUAUGUAAAAAUAUAUGCUUUCUCAUGCUUCGUGUUCGUUGAGAGUGUAAUAGCUUAGCAAUCACCUUGUAAUAGACACAGUAACAGAUUUGGAAACAGCUCAUCUAAAAUGAGUUUUCACUUUUCAAAAGGUGAAAAA